AUGAGCAAUUUUCGCCGCUCCUUUCCCAAACCUCGUCACUCGCCGCUCCAAAUCCUAUCCAGUCUUACAAACGUUGCUUCCUCGGUCCUUGUACCCAACUCGGCGCUGUGCCCCAACCUCACGCCGCCUGUUUCACGCGAGCGAGAAAGGGGCAUCCGUGCCUCUUAUGCUAGGGGUCGAUGGCGCGCGUCGAUCUUCCGGCAAAUUCCGCUUGGCCAUCGUCGUGCGCACACUCGCCGCCGCCGUCGCCCACGACCCCUCAAGCCCGCAAGAACCCCGACGAUGGUGAACCUUCGCUCCCAAAAGAGGCUCGCCGCCUCGGUCGCCGGCGUCGGCAAGCGCAAAAUCUGGCUGGACCCGAACGAGCAGAGCGAGAUCGGGAACGCCAACUCGCGCCAGCACAUCAAGAAGCUCAUCAAGGACAACCGCAUCGUCAUCAAGCAGACGACCGUCCACUCCCGCCAGCGCACCCUCGAGCUCCUCGCCGCCAAGCGCAAGGGCCGCCACACCGGCUACGGUAAGCGCAAGGGUACCGCCGACGCCCGCAUGCCCACCAAGGUCCUCUGGAUGCGCCGCCAGCGUGUCCUCCGCCGCCUGCUCAGGAAGUACAGGGAGGCCGGCAAGAUCGACCGUCACCUUUACCACUCGCUCUACGCAAAGGCAAAGGGUAACGUCUUCAAGAACAAGCGUGUGUUGAUGGAGUACAUCCACAAGGCAAAGGCCGAGAAGACGCGCACCAAGGUGCUCACCGACCAGAUGGAGGCCCGCCGUGUCAAGAACAAGGCGGCUCGUGAGCGUCGUGCGGCACGUGUCGCGGAGAAGAGGCAGGGUAUCUGGGCCGUCGAGCAUGAGGAGGCAAAGGAGUAA